AUGUUUGCGAUUUUUCUCCACCUCUAAUAAAUAUUAGCGUUAUUUUCCGGAUAAUUAUAGUUUGAACUUGGAAAAUCCGCGGAGGCGAAGGAAAUGGCCGAGAACGCGGGCUUCAUCAGUGUGCCCUGGGGGCAGCACAAGCUGGGCGCGAUGUACAAUACGCCGUUUCCCUCGAUAAGCCGCCCGAAGUGCAUCGGUGUGUGCAGCAUAAACGCUAGCCGGGAAUUUGUGGACGACGCCAGCUGCGCCAGCUACUUGGCUGGCCAACCGUGGCCACCGCUGCCGUUCGAUCUUAACGGGGGUAUAGAGGAUGUGAUCCGUAAGCCCGUCGAGAACGGCAAACGGGAUCUGGAAAUUAUGCUGACCUACAUUAAGCAACACCAGAAGGAGCUGCUCCGUCAGAGUAGCUCCGAUGCGAGAAAUCUACGCCUGGACAGCGACUUUGUAACACUGCGCGGUAUUUUGCGGCAGAUAAUGUGCCUGCAGUAUGAUAAUCGCUCAUUCCGCGUCAAGGCGACGCUCCUGAACGGCAACGUCUACAUGUGCAAGGAGGAAACCCCAGAGCAGCAGCUGGAGAACGCGAACAUGAGCAGGGCACAGCGGGUCAUGUGCUCCUGGGGCUUCAAGUUCGAGCAGUACCUGACCAGUGCCCAGGCGCAGGGAAAACCGGUGACCAAUGUGCCGGUCAACGAGGCAGAGGAGUUCAUGGGCGUGUACCGCACGAACCUGGCCGGGAUUUUGAUGCUAUACGGCGCCGAACUGGACUGUGUGGACAGCAAGGAGCCAGUUGACUUCAAAGAUUGCAGAGUGCUCGACUCAUUGAAAUUCGUAGAGCUAAAGACCAGCGUCUUCAAUAUGAACCCUCACCAAAUUCGCACCUUCAAAUCGUUCAAGUCUGCCAACUGGUGGAGUCAGUCAUUCCUGGUGGGCAUCACUACGCUCUACGUGGGACUCCGCGACACCAAGGGCAUGCUGCAGAGGAUCGAUGAGAUCGAUGUGGCAACACUGGCCCGCAACAAACCGUGGAGUGCAUCGGCAAUGGCUUGGUACCUGGAACAGUUUCUGCGCAAUCUUAAGAAGCUGCUGGUGAACAUUAACGAUCCGUUUGCGGUGGUCCAGGUGACUUUUUUAAAUAAGCACGCCAGCUACGAAGUGCUGCGCGGUCCGGAACAUCAAAUCCUGCCCAACUGGUAUCGAGAUUUGCUCAAAACGCGCUCCUAAGGCAAUGCAUAACAUUUUCUAAACAACAGCAAGUCUGAUUUUAUAAUGGGAAUUAAUCGUUUCUUUUUGUAAUGCUUCCCGUACGAUAACUACAACUUAGAACUACUG